ACUGAGAAGAUCCCAACGUGGUGACUGUGGAAUGGGGACGCAGCAAAUCCAGCAGUCCCAUCCGGCGCCUCUGCUCUUCCUCGUCGUCUUCCUCGAUCCACUCCUUUUCUCCCCACUCCCUGCUUUCCACGCAACUGCCUGCCCCCGAACUCUUCUUCCAAGAUUCCAUUUGACCGCCGCUGCGCCUCUCAGUCAGUCCUCACCCCUACUGUGCGGGCCACUUGAAUCGGUUCUUGAGAUUUUACCCGCCGCCCGAUAGAUAAGAUCCAAUCUUUUUUGCUCCCGGCCAGUCGGUGUGAGAUUUACGGCGAUUUCACGUAGGGGAGGUUCUUGCCGAGGCGGAUCUGCUUGGAGCCAAGCAAAGGGAGCGCCGAAUCGGGCUGUUUAGCCGUGCGAGGCCAAAAAGCUCACGCCUUGGCUGCCGAAACCGCGUGACGCAUGGCCGGGGUGGUCCGGCACAAGUAGGAGACCUCGCGUUUCGUGCUUGGCGGUUGGAGUUGGAGAGCCGUAGCCAGCCAUGGAGCCCUCGUCAUCCACCACGUUCGCGUCCUCGUCGUCGUACCUCUCGAAUGGGUCCAGCCCCUGCUCCGUCGCGCUUCCGCCGCCCGGGGCGCCCGAGGCCGCGCCGUUGGCCGCCGGGGAGGGUUGGGGUGGUGGAGGCGCCGCGGGAGGGAUUGGCAGCAGCGUGGAGGCGGUGAGCCUGAACCGGCUCAGUGACAACCUCGCGCGGCUGCUCAUUGACUCGGACCUCGACUGCAGCGACGCCGACGUCGACGUGCCUGACGGCGGGCAGCCCGUUCCCGUCCACCGCUGCAUACUCGCCGCGCGCAGCGCCUUCUUCUACAAGCUCUUCGCCGGGCGCGGCCGCGGUGGCGCCGCGCGCGAUGAUCCUGCCGCCGGCGCCGGAGGGGCUGGAGAGGAAGCUGCCAGUGGGAGGCCGCGGUACAAGAUGGAGGAGAUCGUCCCCGGGGGCCGCGUGGGGCGGGAGGCCUUUCAGGCGUUCCUAGGGUACCUGUACACGGGCAAGCUCCUGCCGGCGCCACUAGACGUGGUGUCCUGUGCCGACCCCGUGUGCCCACACGACUCGUGCCCGCCGGCCAUCAGGUUCGCCGUCGAGCUCAUGUACGCGGCGUGGACCUUCAAGAUCCCCGAGCUCAUCUCGCUCUUCCAGCGGCGGCUUCUUAACUUCGUUGACAAGACUCUAGUGGAAGAUGUCGUUCCUAUUUUGCAAGUUGCUUCCCACUCGGAGCUGACUCAAGUGCUUGACAAAUGUAUUCAGAGGAUUGCGAGAUCAGAUCUUGAUGAUGUAUCUUUGGAUAAGGAGCUGCCUCCAGAAGUUGCCGAUGAGAUAAAAAAGAUUCGCAGAAAGUGCCAAACAGCUGAUGGUGAUGUGUUCAUUUCGGACCCUGUGCAUGAGAAAAGAAUCAGAAGAAUCCACAGAGCACUGGAUUCUGAUGAUGUUGAGCUUGUGAAGUUGCUUCUUAAUGAGUCUGAGAUCACAUUAGAUGAUGCCAAUGCCUUGCACUAUGCUGCUUCUUACUGUGAUUCUAAAGUUGUCUCGGAGCUGUUAGAUCUGGGAUUGGCUAACUUGAAUUUGACGAAUAGCUGUGGAUACACAGCACUCCACUUGGCUGCUAUGAGGAGAGAACCAGCUAUCAUUAUGGUUCUCCUAAACAAAGGGGCAGCUGUGUCACAACCGACAGCUGAUGGCCGGAGUGCAAUUAGUAUUUGUCGGAGGUUAACAAGACUAAAAGACUACAAUACAAAGAUGAAGCAGGGUCAAGAGUCAAAUAAAGACAGGUUGUGUAUAGAUAUUCUAGAGAGGGAGAUGAUGCGGAAUCCUAUGGCAGUGGAAGAUGCUGUCACCUCACCUUUAUUGGCCGAUGAUCUUCACAUGAAGCUUCUCUACCUGGAAAACAGAGUUGCAUUUGCUAGAUUAUUCUUUCCUGCUGAAGCCAAGGUUGCCAUGCAAAUCGCACAAGCAGACACCACAGAAGAAUUUGGCGGUAUUACUGCAGCAUCUACUUCCAGUAAACUGAGGGAAGUCGAUCUAAAUGAGACACCAGUAACACAAAACAAAAGACUCCGUUCAAGGGUGGAUGCGCUGAUGAAAACAGUGGAGCUGGGCCGUCGGUACUUCCCGAACUGCUCCCAGGUACUCGACAAAUUCCUGGAGGAUGACCUGCCCGACGGCCUCGACACGUUCUUCCUCCGGCAGGGCACUCCCGACGAGCAGAAGGUGAAGAGGAUGCGCUUCUGCGAGCUCAAGGAGGACGUGCGGAAGGCGUUCAGCAAGGACAAGGCUGAUAACAGCAUGUUCUCGGGCCUGUCCUCGUCUUGCUCGCGGCCCCUGAAGGUCGCGAAGAAGUGAUGAGUUUUGCAGUACAGUUUGUAAUCACGGUCUUGGAUGGGACAGCAUAGGGAUCGGUUAGUAGAGCUGUGUAUGGGUAUGUUUGGCAGAGCUCUUUCAAAUAGCAGUUUUUAGCUUUUUAAAAUGAAAUCUGUGUGUUAUUUUCUGAAAUAAACGACUUUUCUGAUUCACUUUUUAUAUUGAAUCAUUUUAUCUAUAAAAUUUACUUUAAAGAAUUAUUUCUUUCAGAAAAUUUAGGUAAGAGCUCUACCAGAUAUGUUUUAUGUAUAGUGCUGACAAUGUGUAAGUAAAACUAUAUAUAUGUCAAAAGAAUGCGGAGCACACUGCAGAAAGUGAACAGAUGGUUCAUAGA